CCCCGGGGGCGGGCGGCGGAGCACGUGGGGCCGCGCCGGGCCGGGCUGAGUCACUCCCCGCCCCGAGCCCCGCGGCGGAGCGGAGGGGAACGGAGCGGGUCGGUGCGGUUCGGGACUCAGUAUGGAGGUGCCGAGGAUGCGGUGGCUGCUGCUCGCCCUGGUUGGGGUCUCGCUGCUGCUGGUCGUGUCCGGUGACUUCUGCGACGUAAACCACUGUCAAAAUGGGGGCACCUGCCUGACUGGGAUUAAUGAGGCCCCCUUCUUCUGCAUCUGCCCUGAUGGCUUUGUUGGGAUUGACUGCAAUGAGACAGAGAAAGGCCCCUGUCACCCCAAUCCUUGCCACAACAACGGCGAGUGCCAGCCAGUCCCAAACAGGGGGGAUGUCUUCACUGACUACAUCUGCAAGUGCCCCGCAGGGUACGAUGGGGUGCACUGCCAGAACAGCAGGAAUGAGUGCUCCUCCCAGCCUUGCAAAAAUGGAGGCACCUGCCUGGACCUGGACGGUGACUACGCCUGCAAGUGUCCUUCUCCAUUCUUGGGGAAAACCUGCCACACCCGCUGUGCAGUUCUCCUGGGUAUGGAAGGAGGAGCCAUCUCUGAUGCCCAGCUCUCAGCAUCCUCUGUCUACUAUGGCUUCCUCGGCCUCCAGCGCUGGGGACCAGAGCUCGCUCGCCUCAACAACCACGGCAUCGUCAAUGCUUGGACCUCCAGUGACUAUGACAAGACCCCAUGGAUCCAGGCCAACCUGCUGCGGAAGAUGAGGCUGACUGGGAUCAUCACACAAGGUGCCAGCCGUGUGGGCAAGGCUGAGUAUGUCCGUGCCUACAAAGUUGCUUACAGCCUGGAUGGGAGAGAGUUCACCUUCUACAAGGACGAGAAGCAGGAUGCAGACAAGGUUUUCCAGGGGAACGUGGACAAUGGCAGCAUGCAGACCAACAUGUUCAACCCUCCCAUCACUGCCCAGUUCAUCCGCAUCUACCCCGUGAUGUGCCGCCGUGGCUGCACCUUGCGCUUCGAGCUCAUCGGCUGCGAGAUGAACGGUUGCUCGGAGCCCCUGGGCAUGAAAUCCCGCCUGAUCUCUGACCAGCAGAUCACAGCCUCCAGCGUUUACAAGACCUGGGGCAUGGAUGCUUUUACCUGGUACCCCCAUUAUGCUCGCCUGGACAAGAUGGGCAAAACCAACGCCUGGACAGCACUCCAUAACAGCCCAUCUGAGUGGCUGCAGAUUGACCUCCGGGACCAGAAGAAAGUGACAGGCAUCAUCACACAGGGAGCCCGUGACUUUGGCCACAUCCAGUACGUGGCAGCCUACAAGGUGGCCUACAGUGACAAUGGCACAACCUGGACCCUCUACCGGGACGAACACACAAACACCACCAAGAUCUUCCAUGGUAACAGUGACAACUACUCACACAAGAAGAAUGUGUUUGAUGUGCCCUUCUACGCCCGCUUUGUCCGCAUCCUGCCCGUGGCCUGGCAGAGGAGCAUCACCCUGCGUGUGGAGCUGCUGGGCUGUGAUGAGUAGGAGCCCGAGGAGGAAGGACAGGGCUGCUCUUCCCUACUGCCUGGCCUGCGCCCUGCCUGCCCCUGCCUGCUCCUGCUCUGACCUCACACUCCCCUCUCCCUGUCCCCAAAUUCAGGAGGUGGCCGGGAGGGCUCCCCUGCCCCACAUUGGUGCUGGGGCUGCAACACUGCACUUUAUGGGGCCCUUGAAGGUGGGAUACAGGGAUGGCUCCUGCCCUUUGCCCCACUAGCCAGGGCGAGACCCCCUCCUGCCACCAGGGCUUGGCUGGGGGGACCCUCUUCUGCAACGGGGGUUUCUUUGGGGGACCUUAUCCUGCAAUCAGGGCUUGGCUGGGGGACCCUUUUCUGUAACUAGAGCUUCUUUGGAGGGCCCCACCCUGUAAAUGAGGUUUUGCCGGGGGACCCUGUCCUUCAACUGAGGCUUGGCUGCAUCCUCCCAGCUAAGCCUGGAGACAAAUUUUUCUCCCCCUUUUGCUUCUGCUUCCAGCAGAGAGGCUGCAGCCAGCAGCAGUGCCCUGCUUUCACUGAGGUUCCAGGCUCAACAGUUUUUAGGGGCUUAGGGCAGGCACCCCAGCUUCACAGCCUCCACUGUCCCUCCUGCUCCCUGAAAGCAGGAUCUCCAAAAAACCUACUUGGCUGUUGUCCCACUGCCCAUUUUGCCAGGCCCCACGUCUCCUUGCCUGUGGCGUCGGCACCACAUGGUGCGAGGGGAGUGAUGAGACAGCUCCUGUCAAGAGGCACUGGGUCCCCACUGCUGGUGGCUCUACCCUGCAGGCUCUGUGGCUGGUGUUUUGGCAGCUGCUGCUCAUUCCCCUUCCCAGGGUGCUGGCUCCAGCAUCCUUCAAGUCUCAGCAUUACUGCUGUCCCCACUUCACUGCAGUCUGGGGUGCCUGGAGGUCCCUUGUCACUGGAGCCAAAUGGUGACCCUGUGGGCUGCAAUCUGGUAGUGAGGGAGAGAUGGUUUGUAGCCACAAGGGUGCAGAGAAAAGAUAAGAAAGGUGGUGGUUAAACCACCUAAAUGUGUUAGGCAGAGACCUGUGCCAUGACCCUUUCUAUAACCUGAUUUCUUCCCUUUCCAUGGGGUAGAGGGGAGCCUCUUGCAAUGCUGGAGCCCUUGGGUUUAGCAGUAGGAGAUGAGUAAGCCUCAGCACUGGCAAGCAGGAGUGCAGGCAGGGUGUCAGGGCAGUGGCGCUGGCAGCAAUGCUUCCCUGUGUGCUGGGAUGUGAAGCAGCCGUGGGGCCAGGCCAGUGGUGGGUUCACUUUGGCAAGUGUUGAGGGAGCCCAGGUGGAACAGCAGUCAUGGUCCCACUCCAGAGUGUCUCUUACAGUAUUAAAACCAGCUGAAACUUU